GUGCCUCCCGUCCCCCUAACGUCACAUCCUGCCUGAACCUUCUCUUGGAUAAAAAUAGUUUUUAUCUCUUUCUCCCCCCCCCCAAGGGCUGGAGCGUCGGUGGCCCCUUCUAGGGUCUGGGAGGUAAUGAGGAAGAUACUCGUCUGAGGGCCCCUUUGGAGCUGCUGUCAGAGAGCUGCUGUCAACCAUCCAGACACCCAUCUUCAGAGGAAGACAUAGGCCUCAUCACCAGGUUUACCUCAAAGGUUAUGUGGUAGGAAGAAUAGUCCUCACAUUCAAGGGAGUUUAGCCAGCACCUUUCCUGCUUCUCCAGCCUUCGGCUUAGGCAUAGGAAACCCCAUUUGGCUUAGCUCAUGCAAUAAGUGGCUUAGCUCCUUCUGUAAAGGGCCUCAAAACCCGUAAAAUGUUUCCGAAAACGACAUAAAAAACAAAAGGAAUGAAGACUUAGUGAAAGGCCGGAGUGUGCACGGAGGAAACAGAGUUCCAAGGGACAGAUCAGCUGGAGAGAUGCUUCAUCUUCUUACCCCCAGAUCAAAGAUGGAACAGCAAGGCUCAGCUGCCGCUGAAGCAGGACUUGGCCCGGAUGCCAUCAAGACUGAGACCCAUGGGGAGGAAUUCCUGGGGGAAAAUGUGCAGAAGAUCUUGGGGGAGAACCCCCUCAUCUUAGUUGUCCAGUGCCAGCAGUUCCGGCGUUUCCGCUACCAGGAGGCUGAGGGGCCCCGAGAGGCUUGCAGCCGACUCCACCUUCUUUGCCGUCAGUGGCUGAAGCCAGAGCGACACUCAAAGAACCAGAUCCUGGACCUGGUGAUCCUGGAGCAGUUCUUGGCUGUCCUUCCACCGGAGAUGGAGAGCUGGGUGAGGGAGUGUGGAGCGGAGACCAGUUCUCAGGCGGUGGCCCUAGCAGAAGGUUUCCUCCUGAGCCGGGCAGAGGAGAAGCAUGAAGGGCAACAGGAAAAGGGUCUCUAUACAGAAAUAGGAACGGAUUUCCCUGAGACAGAGAGGACUCCAUCGGACACCAGGCAGAGGCUUCUGGGUGAUGGGACAAUGUCAGCAAGCCCUACCAAGCCAUCUCCCCUUUCUGGUGGAGAAGAAGCUGUUGCUGUUGCCCCAGAUCAGGCUCCCGUGUCCUUGGAGGAUGUGGCUGUGUGUUUCACGGAAGAGGAGUGGGCUCUGCUAGAUCCUGACCAGAGAGCUUUGCAUAACGAAGUCAUGGAGGAGAUUUGCGGGACUCUGUACUGUCUUGAAGGUGAUGAAUGGAAAGCCAAGAGGAAGGGAGAACUAUGUGGGCAAGAGAGAUGGGAAAGAGACAGAUCAGAAAACAGGGAAGAGCAGAGGAGGAAACCUGAAGCAGAAGAGAAAAGGAGGAAUAAAUCUUCUGCCUCUCAGGGCAGUGGCUACCAUAAAAAUGCAGUCAGAGAAAAAACAGAUGAAAGAAACAAAAGAAGUAAAUGCUUUGGCUUUUGGAAAAGUCUCAAUUCUAAAAGAAAAUGCAAAGCCCACUGCAAAAAUCACAAAGAGGAGAAACCAUAUAAAUGCUUAGAAUGUGGAAAGAGAUUUAGCCGCAAGGAAGGACUCACUUAUCAUCAAAGAAUUCACACCGGGGAGAAACCGUAUAAGUGCUUGGAAUGUGCAAAGAGCUUUCCUUCCAGUUCUACCCUUGCUACCCACCAAAGGAUUCACACUGGGGAGAAGCCCUAUCAAUGCUUGGAAUGUGGAAAAAGCUUCAGCUGCAAGAGCAAUCUCACUUCCCAUCAAAGUAUUCACACUGGGGAGAAGCCAUAUCAAUGCUUGGAAUGUGGAAAAAGCUUCAGGUGCAAGAAGAAUCUUACUUCCCAUCAGAGAAUUCACACUAGAGAGAAACCAUAUAAGUGCUUAGAAUGUGGAAAAAGCUUCAGCCACAAGAACAAUCUCACUUCCCAUCAAAGAAUUCACACUGGGGAGAAACCAUAUAAAUGCCUGGAAUGUGGGAAAGGCUUCAGUAGAAAUUCCUUUCUCACUUCUCAUCAAAGAAUUCACACUGGGGAGAAACCAUAUAAGUGCUUAGAAUGUGGAAAAAGCUUCACCCAGAAGAACCAUCUCACUUCUCAUCAAAGUGUUCACACUGGGGAGAAACCAUAUAAAUGCAUGGAAUGUGAAAAGAGUUUCAGCUGGAAAAAUGAACUCGCUUCCCAUCAAAGAAUUCACACUGGGGAGAAACCAUAUAAGUGCCUGGAAUGUGGAAAGAGCUUCAGUACAAAUUCCUUUCUCACUUCCCAUCAAAGAAUCCACACUGGGGAGAAACCAUAUAACUGCUCAGAAUGUGGAAAAAGCUUCAGCUACAAGAAAAAUCUCACUUCCCAUCAAAGAAUUCAUACUGGGGAAAAACCAUAUAACUGCUUGGAAUGUGGAAAGAGCUUCCAUCAGAAGAUACAUCUCACUUACCAUCAAAGAAGUCACACCGGGGAGAAACCAUAUAAAUGCGUAGAAUGUGGAAAGGGCUUCAGUAGAAAUUCCUCUGUCACUUUGCAUCAAAGAAUUCACACAGGGGAGAAACCACAUAAAUGCUUGGAAUGUGGAAAGAGCUUUAGCUACAAGAAAAUUCUCAGUGCCCAUCAAAGAAUUCACACUGGGGAGAAACCAUAUCAGUGCUUGGAAUGUGGAAAGAGCUUCAGUACAAAUUCUUCUCUCACUGCCCAUCAAAGAAUUCACACUGGGGAGAAACCAUAUAAAUGCUUGGAAUGUGGAAAGAGCUUCAGUAGAAAUUCUUCUCUCACUGACCAUCAAAGAAUUCACACUGGGGAGAAACCAUAUAAAUGCAUGGAAUGUGGAAAGAGCUUCAGUAGAAAUUCUUCUCUUGCUGAUCAUCAAAUAAGGUGCACUGGGAAGAAACCAUAUCAAUGCUUAGAAUGUGGGAAGACCUUUUCUUCCCGUUCUAAACUUAAUAUCCAUCAAAGAAUUCAUACUGGGGAAAAACCAUAUCAGUGCUUAGAAUGUGGAAAGAGCUUUAGUCAGAAGAUACAUCUCAUUGAUCAUCAAAGAAUACACACUGGGGAGAAACCAUAUCAAUGCUUUGAAUGUGGAAAUAGUUUCACCUACAAGAAAAAUCUCACUUCCCAUCAGAGAAUUCACACUGGGGAGAAACCAUAUCAAUGCUUAGAAUGUGGAAAAAGCUUUGGUUACAAGGAAACACUCACUGCCCAUCAACGAAUUCACACUGGAGAGAAUCCAUAUAAGUGCUUAGAAUGUGGAAAAAGUUUCAGCCAGAAAAACAAACUCACUUCCCAUCAAAGAAUUCACACGGGGGAGAAACCAUAUAAGUGCUUAGAAUGUGGAGAAAGCUUCAGGUACAAGAAUAAUCUCACUCUUCAUCAAAGAAUUCAUACUGGGGAGGAACCAUAUAAAUGCUUGGAAUGUGGAAAGAGAUUUAGAUGCAAGGAAGGACUCACUUAUCAUCAAAGAAUUCACACUGGGGAGAAACCAUAUAAAUGCUUAGAAUGUGGAAAGAGCUUUUUUUCCAGUUCUAAACUUACUAUGCAUCAAAGAAUUCACACAGGGGAGAAACCCUAUAGAUGCUUAGAAUGUGAAAAGACCUUCACCUACAAGAAAUAUCUCACUUCCCAUCAAAGAAUUCACACCGGGGAGAAACCAUAUAAAUGCCUGCAAUGUGGAAAGGGCUUUAGUGACCGUUCUAACCUUUCUUCUCAUCAAAGAAUUCAUGCAGUGGAGAAACCUUAUAAAUGCUUGGAAUGCGGAAAGAGUUUCAGCUGCAGGCAGACACUCGCUUCCCAUAAAAGAAUUCACACUGGGGAGAAACCAUAUAAAUGCUUGGAAUGUGGAAAGGCCUUUCCUUCCUGUUCUAAACUUAAUAUACAUCAAAGAAUUCACACUGGGGAGAAACCCUAUAAAUGCUUGGAAUGUGGAAAGAGCUUCACUUGCAAGAAAUAUCUCACUCCCCAUCAAAGAAUUCACACUGGGGAGAAACCAUAUCAGUGUUUGGAAUGUAGAAAAAGUUUCAGCCAGAAGCACAGUCUCACUUCCCAUCAAAAACUUCACACUGGGGAGAAAACAUAUAAAUUCUUAGAAUGUGGGAAGAGCGUUCUUGCUAGUUCUAAACUUACUGUGCAUCAAAGAAUUCAAACUGGGGAGAAACCAUAAGAAUGUGUGGAAUCAAGAAAAGACUCAGUAGAAAUUCCUUUCUCAGUUCCCAUCAAAGAACUUACACCAGGCAGGAAGCAUCUAAAUGUCUGGAAUGUGGGAAAAGCUUCCAUCAGAAAAUUCAUCUCAUUUCCCAUCAAACAACUCACACCGGGGAGAAACCAUAUAAAUGUAUGGAAUGUGGAAAGGGCUUCAGAAGAAUUUCCUCUCUCACUUUGCAUCAAAGAAUUCACAUACUAGAGAAAAACCAUAUCAGCGCUUAAAAUGUGGAAAUAGCGUCAGAAGUGAUCCAAUCUUCUGAUAUCAUGGAAAGAAUUCACAAAGGGGAAACCAUAUUAAUUUUUGAGUUUAGGUCACCAACCCGUAUAAAAGCACCAGGGCUGCUGACAGAUGAGUAAAAAGGGUCUGCUUUUUGUGGGCCCACGGCCAACAGGUGGCCCAGACUCUUAGCUUUCUUUAAAAAAAGGAAGAAAGAAGUAAGGUUGUACAUGGUCUUGGAAAAAAACAUACAGACCUGUGAAAUGAGUUAUCCUGCUGCUCUAAGUCCCCGUCAUUCUAGGUUUUUAGCUAAUGAGUAAAGUCACUCCAGAGAGAGAGAGAGAGAGAGAGGAGACCAGGCUGGGUCUUGGGAGGGGCCCACAUUGCUGAACAGCUGCUGCCGCUGCCCCACUCACUCAUGGCAAGCAAGCUGAUACUGUAAGGAUGAGCAGAGGAACAAGGCCUCUCUCAACCCACUCUCAACAGUGGUGUAGUUGUCAUGGGUGGCACAGGGUCAUCGUCCCCAUAAUCCUAGAAUCAUAGAAUAGUAGAGUUGGAAGGGGCCUAUAAGGCCAUCAAGUCCAACCCCCUGCUCAAUGCAGGAAUCCAAAUCAAAGCAUUCCCAACAGAUGGCUGUCCAGCUGCCUCUUGAAGGCCUCCAGUGUCGGAGAGCCCACUACCUCUCUAGGUCAUUGGUUCCAUUGUCGUAUGGCUCUAACAGGAGGUUUUUCCUGAUGUCCAGUCGAAAUCUGGCUUCCUGCAACUUGAGCCCAUUAGUCCGUGUCCUGCACUCUGGGACGAUCGAGAAGAGAUCCCGGCCCUCCUCUAUGUGACAACCUUUCAUGUACUUGAAGAGUGCUAUCGUAUCUCCCCUCAGUCAAUUUUUGGGGAGCCAGGUCCCGCCCAGGUCCCUAUGUUUCAGCAGCCGUCUGCAUCACUUUCAAAACCCCUUUUCCUGUUGCUGCUGCCGUGACUGCCUAUAGCACAAACGGGCUGCACACUUGCUUAUUGAGAGAGCAAAGCCUUACGCAGACAACAGUAACAUCACCUCCAUACACACACAACCAAAGUGAUUUCUCCUCCUUUGCUCCUCACUCUUUGGUUAUAAACUCCCAACAAGCCAGUUAGCGGGGGAAAGGCUUGCCCUCCAGCAUGAUAUUAACAAAUGAAUAAGAAAUAAAGUUUGAAGAGGAGCUACAAGGGUUUGCUGCUGGAGCUUAUUGCAGUUUCUUUUAUCACAGUGAAGUCAGUGAACUGGGUGAGAGGGGAAAUUGGCAGGACCUGUAAAUCCCAAUGGACUCAACGACACAUUUGAGUUAAUCCUCCUGUGUAUCUUAUCUGCUUGUGAUUUGCAAUCAA